AUGUCUUUCUCCAUGCAGCAGCCGGAGACCCACCCGUUCGUCGUUGACAGUGAGGACGAGUUCGCGGGUACGACUGCUCAGCUGGACAGUCAAGAGGACCUCUUCAUAUGUGCCGCCCUCUAUAUGAUGAUUCUACUGUAUACUGAUCAUGCGAAACAGACUGCUGGGGACGAUCUCAGAAUCGCACUUCCACUGGAGACGUUCACCACCGGCGCACCAACGUUGAUCAUCCUCCCUCGAGCCAACAGAGUCGACCAAACAGUACCAACGCUCGCAGGCGCUGCUACACCCACACCAUCAGAUCAUCAGCUCUUUGGUCUGCCUCCUCGCUUCCCACCACCUGGCUCCCAAGCAUCAAGCGGAACUCCUGGUGUCCAUCACGGCCCUGCAGAUUCCUCUAGCAUGGCAACCAGCUCAACUUCCUCCCAACUAUCACAGCUACAAGCUCGGCAGCCUGAUCCUGCGCGCGAAGCUCAUGAGAGAGGGCCACCGAUUGGUGCGAGGGAUCCAAUGGACAUCCUGAACGAAGCUCCACUUGGCGGUGAACGCAACCUCGACGAAGAGACCAUCCAGCGCCGUUGA